AUGCUCCUGAUAUGGCUCCUCCUUGAUGCUGGUGCAAGCCCGGAGAGCACUCACAGUUCUGGGGACUCCCUCAUCAAGAGCACCGUUCUAGGCUCGCACCGGGACGUGGUUGGCAUGCUGAUUGAUCGGAUGGCCAACAUCCGCCAUCCGGACGGCUUGGGCCGGACCCCGAUCCGGGCAGCCGUCGGCCGCAUCCGGAAUGCCGCCCUUGUCCGGCUCCUUGCCGACAGUGGUGCCAAUCUGAGCGAAACCGACUCCGAUGGCCGCAAUCUGCUUCACGUGGCCGUGAAUGGCCACCCGAAAUCAUGA